UUAACAUAGAUUAGAUUGUGAAAUUUGGAAGACGUGGGAGUUUCUCUCUCCAGAACGAAACUAUUUUAUUUUCCUUUAGUUCUAAAAUGGCAAUCAGUUACAAAGAGGCAUCUUUACACAAUAUGCUACAAUCUCGAAAGAGAAAGAACAUGGCUAGUUCUUGUGAAACUCUCCAAAAUUCUACCUGUAAGAUGAUUUCUUACCAUCAGAAUGUAAAUUUUCCUUUUGCUCAGGUAACCCAAAUAAAUGUCUCCGGUGAUUCCAAAACAACUUUACCAGUCGAUGCUUGCAUGGAAUGGCUUCAUAACGAAGUGGCUCGUUCCGGACAACCUUUUGCUCUUGUAGCUGCCAAUUACUGUGGUUCCGUGAUUAUGCAACUGUCCAAAGAGGAGACUUCUUCCAACUACGAAGACAUACUUCAGGACAAAGCGCAUGUUUCCUUACAAGUCAUAAUCGAUGUAAUACUCUCACUGAAAGAGCAACAAUUUGAAAUGGACUUCUUCCACAAAUACAUCUCUGCAACUAACUCUAAUUUAUGCCUGGAGAUUAUAUGGAAGUUACACUGCACUAAUAUUAUGACGUUUGGAACUUACUUGCAUCUAAAAGUUGACAAAUCUUACCAAUGUCAACUGAUUGCAAACAGAAUUCUGAAGCUUUGCAUUUCAAAGAACAUAACACUUACAGAUAAACGAAAAUCUCUUCUCAAAGAUAUUUCUGGUAUACUUAUCAACCAGUCGUUCCCUGUCAUCAGUACCUGUCAGCAAACUUCCAUUCUUCAACAGGAUUCUUUGAACAUUUUUACUUUAAUAACACAAGGUUUUGCUAAAAGAGAAACGGACAGCUCUAUUCCCCUCCUUCCUAUUGAACUCGCUUCAAAAUAUCACCAAAUUCAUUUAGAUUCUCUACAAAAGAUGGCCGUCCACCAGCUAAACGUUCUCUUCAGGUUCAAACCGGAUUACACUGUGUCAGAUGCAGUGAAGCACCAAGAGCAAUGGACCUACAGCAAGUUGACCCCUUUUAGGAGAGCCUUCUUCAAACAGUUCUUUGCUGUUUUGGAUGCUAAUGCUGUCCUCAGUGUUAUCCAAAGUCUUUUAGAAGCAGAUGACUUCAACUGGUGCACCUUGCUGAGUUUUACUUCCACAUUCCUCAUCUGCUUCCAAACUGCUCCAAGACUUUUGAAAAGUUCUGUCAAUGAAAUGCUAAAACAAGGAUUGGAAAAUCUGGAGGUUGAGAGUUCCAUAUCUGCACUUCUCUUUGCCCGACAAGCUUGCUUUGAAGGGCCUCACGUCUUCCCUUCAUACCCUGAAUGGGUCGAGCUAACAUUUGGUUCUUCAAAUAAGUCGAUUGCAAACAGCCAGAAAAGUUUCACCUUUCUUAUCAAACUGUUGUCUGAUUUGGUACCCGUUGAAUCUGCAAUUCAUCUGAAGGCACACCUCAUGAAAGCUCCUUUUGUACCUGCACAAUGUUCUGAAGUGUACUCUGAAUAUACAACUCUCGUUAAGACACGUCUUAUUGAUUUGAAGCAAUCCAUUUUCAAGUCAUCAAGCAGCUGUGACUACCACAGCACAGCAGAAAAUCAGACUUCUGAAGAUACAGAGAAUGAUGUAAGAGCUGCUGUGGACAGUUUUGCUACUCUGGACAAGAUUCCUGCCAAUAUUCUACAGACAAUUAUUUUCAGAAGACCCUAUUUUGUUGGCGAGUUUUUACCAGCUUUGUUGAAACCACGUAAGCUUCCCAAGAUUGCUGACUCUCGAAUGAAGUUUAUUAAAGCAUUAAAAGAAUCCGGGAAGCUGCCUGGAAGCCAUUACCAAAAUUAUAUUGCUGCCUGUCAACAAUUAAUGAUGGCUUCUGUUAAUGAACCUCUUCCUGCCACCAGUGACAACAGCAACAGCUCAACAGAGAAACUACCUCUAGAGAAAUUAGAGGCAGUUUUACUGCAAUUGGAAGAAAAUGUCAGCCAAUCAGAAAGUCUGCCAAAGAAUGUCUUCAAGACAAAUGUUUCAGAAACCAUUUCUCUUAUUUCGGAAUCUUUGAAAAAUCUGUUAGACGAACCCCAGAGUGAACUGUUGCUGACUGAGAACAAAUGGCUGAUGACGCUUGAUGUUGUGAAACCAUCUUUGGAGAAUAAGCAUGUACAGGUAGCUAAUGCCAUUCUGAACUCUACAUCAAAGGCUCUGCUGCUAUCAAACUACUCUGUUGAUUAUGACAGUUCCUGGUUAUGUCAACUAUUUGAUGUUCUUGCAGCAAACUUUCCACUUCUUCCAGCAAUAUUCCAAUGUCUCUGGCGAUGGACAGUUCUUCAGUGGAAUUUGAUGUCAGCUGAGCAAAUCCUAGGACUUGGUGCUAUCCUCUGCCAUCUUACGCUCUGCCAUGACCGUUUACCCCAAGUUCAGAUUCUUAAUUGUCCAGUUCUUGGUAAAACUAUUGGCAAAUUCACAGACUUACUCUGGACCGUUCUGCCUUGUUCAACAUGUCAACAAGCCAAAUUCCUCUUGCGAAUAUCCACAGUUUUUCUAAAAACCUUCUUUUAUGCCACAAGCGAUGUCAAUAAAAUGUCUCUGAUACCAACCUCGUUAACAACAAAGUUUACUUACCUAUGUGAACGGAAAUACCCAUGCUUGCGUUUCAAUGUCUGCCCAAGCGAGAUUCCCAAUGAGGAAGUGGUUCUGUAUCAAUCUGAAGCUUUUACCACCAUGAAGAACUGCCAUCAGAUAAAAUUACAGCAAUGGGUCCGACAGGAAUUGGCAGUAGAUCCGGGCAGGGAUUAUUUGACAAACCGACAGAGGAACUUUUACCAAACAUGGUUUCUUCACAAAUACCAAGCAGAAAACAAAAAUGGUCGAAAGAUCUGCUCAGAUAUAUUUAACUGUUUACUUGAGGCAGAUACAAAUUGUGUACAGACCGAUUCAUCGCAGUGCACCAUGUGCCAGGCCAGGGCAGCACCACCACAACUAACUCUCAAUAAUAAUAAAUAUGAAAUAGUGACCCUACUGAAGAGAAACAUUGAACAGUUUUUGGACAUUGAUCAAAAUAAUGGAAAUGCUGAAACUUCAACGUUACCAUGGUUACUUCAAGAACUGCAAGAAGCAACACCUACCAAUGUCGCUGCUAACCUCUGUAAAACCAAAUUCCAGGUUUUCUCUAAAGUAAAUCUGUUGCUGAAUCUUCCUGCCAAUCUCUUAUUUUCUGAUUCUGUAUACAUUCCUGUGUCAGAGGCUGCCGCCUCAACUGCCAUCACCUACAUUAAUACAACGUUGAGAAACACCAUCAAUGAAGGUUUUGCACUGGACAGAGAUGUUGUUUAUCAGAUUUUCCAGGGUAUUGUAAUGUUAAGACAGACCAUUUCUGAUGACUUGUUCCAAAGAUUACUAACAGAAUGUCCACUGCUAUGGACAUCGUUAAUGGUCCAUGGGAAAAACUGGAAAUUUUAUCAUCUGCUUUUAGAACAGAAGAAUUUGCAGACAAUAAUUGAUUGCAUUCUAAAAUUUCAAAUGUCUGAUGAAUGGGAAACCUUCAGUCCAGUUGAUGCUGAGACUCCCUUGGUACUUCUACAGGCAGAAGCAGCAGCUCUAGCUUCUCUUGCUUUGCAUCGAAACAUUACCUGGACUGAACCCAUGCUGACCAUUUUUGGAGUCAAGGUGUUCAGUGUUGCCUUUGUUUAUUUGUUAAGUGCUGCAGUUCAACAUCUUCUCAACUUUGCUUACCAAAAUCCUCUUCUUUUGGAAUCUCUUGGCAACAUCUUGGUACAGUUUCCUUUCUUGCUUCAGUCACUGCACAGUGAUCCUUUACUUACAUCUGAUCCCAUAACAAAUGUGAUUCUUGACAAUUCCAAGACGUUCAUUUCUGUCGUCUUUUUCCAGAUAGUAAUGGCAACAUCGCUAGAGCGUACCAUUACCUCUGUCUUUUGUGAUGAGACCAAUCUGAGUAUAUUGCUACAGAUGCACCUGAAAUUAACGGAACUUUUUAAGCAGUGCCACCUGCUUGAAGCAACACCAUCUGUGAAGAAACACUGUAGCCAUGUUGAGAAGUUUCUUACCAUGCAAGAAGUCCUGAAAAUUGGAAGUUUCGUGAAGAAAAUAAUCACUAUGGUCCCAGGAGAUAUUUUACAGUCCACUGAUUCGGGCUCUUACACUGUCGUGUGUCCUUACUGGGAAACAGGUGAUAAUUGGCAACAGGAAUGGGAUAUGCUUCAAUAA